CUUAUCCCUUUCUUUAGAUGCUGUAAAGAUUUAAGAUACUGCCUGAGGUACGUACUUGUAGCUGGGUUGUUUGAAGCCUUGAUAAUCAGGCAUUCACCACCAGCCCACCGUCCCGUCACCUCGAGCGUCACAGUCACAGGAAAAGGUACGUACCGAAGUUGGAGGUGGCAUUCAGUUGACGCGCGCAACGGAAGCUGCCUGAGCCUCAGCUUCCUUGUCUGGAGCUUCAAUUCCCACUUCCACUUCCGCUUCCGCUUCCGCCUUCAGAGCAUCCAUCAUCAUCCACGCACGUCGACGUCAACGUCAACAACACCAAUCUCGAUCACGAUAUAACGAAGACAUCACGACCAGGGAAAAGGCUUCUCUCCGCCCUUUGCACGCCACCGAAGCUAGGAUUCGAGGCAUACAGCUCUAGUGAAGGAUUACAAGACGAUUAACUUCCUACUACUGCUUCUCUUUCAAUAGAUCCAAGAUGGAUUCUCUUGUUUCGAAAUACAGCCGACCGGCAUAUGAGCAGAAUGAGCCUUUUGAGGACCAGGAUGAGCUGCUGAAUUCUAUGGGUGAUCUCUCGCUCAAGUUUGCCAUGCCCCCCGUUGCUCAGCCCUCAUCAUGGCUUCGCGCUGCCACUGACGACCGAUCGAACCCCAACUGCCCCAUUAAGAUCGCCCACGGAACCACCACGCUCGCUUUCCGUUUCCAGGGCGGCAUCAUCGUUGCGACCGACUCCCGAGCCACUGCUGGCAACUGGAUCGCCUCGCAAACCGUAAAGAAGGUCAUUGAGAUCAACAGCGUCCUGCUAGGAACCAUGGCCGGUGGUGCUGCAGACUGUCAGUACUGGCUUGCCUGGCUCGGCAUGCAGUGUCGCCUCCAUGAGCUACGACACAAGCGUCGCAUCAGCGUUGCCGCCGCCAGCAAGAUCCUCGCCAACCUCGUCUACAGCUACAAGGGGAUGGGCCUCAGCAUGGGCACCAUGUGCGCCGGUGUCACCAAGGAGGAAGGCCCUGCUCUCUACUACGUCGACAGCGAUGGUACUCGCUUGGCGGGCAACCUCUUCUGUGUCGGCUCGGGUCAAACAUUCGCCUAUGGUGUUCUCGAUGCCGAGUACAAGUACGAUCUGUCGGAUGAGGAGGCUCUGGAGCUUGGAAAGCGAAGUAUUCUGGCCGCCACCCACCGAGAUGCUUACUCUGGUGGUUACAUCAACCUGUACCAUGUCAAGGAAGAGGGCUGGGUGAAGCACGGCUUCAACGACACUAACCCCAUUUUCUGGAAGACCAAGCUUGAGAAGGGCGAGUUUACCAACGUGACAAGCGCACUCGAUUAGAGGGUUCUGGAUUAGAAAUAAAGAUGCUGCCAACCUAGGAAUCGAGACGUGCAGACAGAUGUAGCCUGGGUGAUAGAGGUGGCUCUUACGCGUCUACAGGACCUGAAAUCCAGAACGACCGUGUAAUAUAUCCAACAACGGCUUUGUCCUGCCAAAACCAGGUAUCCUAAACUCCAAUACCUAGUAGUGAUGUCUACAUAAAGUCAAAUUAACUACAAUACUAUACUAUACAGCAUGUCAUGCCAACACCGCUCAUGCUGGUAGCAUACACGAUCCAAAUAGUCUCACGAUUUUCUCAUGAAUUCUCAGGAGUUGAGCCCUUGGUGUCUCUUCUCACCCACCCGUCAACCCCCAAUAUCCCGUCCCCGACUUCAGGAUCCAUGUACCAUUUUCCAAUGCCCGUCACGGUCAACUCAGACUCAUAGCCAGCUUGAUACAUCUCCAUACCCGUCCAAGCAAUCAUGGCUGCAUUAUCUGUACAAAGCUCUAUAGGCGGGGCAACAAUUUGUAUGUCCCCAAAGCCCCUUACAGCCAACAUAGACCGCAGGACAUGCGUAAGGAAUUUAUUGCUCGCCACUCCACCCGCUACAACUAGUGUCUUUGCAGCUCGAAGCUCUGGCUUGUCAUCGAGGGCGAUACAUAAUCUGCCUGCGAGGUGUGUAAAAGCUGCCAUCAUAGUAUGCUGUGCCAGUGCCCGGCGUUCAGGUAGAGACAUGGAAGGGCGGGAGGUUGCGAGAUCGUGAACGUGUGUGUAGAUGCUACUGAAUGAGAAUGCAAGUUUUCUAGUUUGUCGAAAUGGUGUGGGGAUGUUCCACUCGUACCCUGUGGACGGAGGAGUCAUCUCUGCGGAACGGGAAGCUGGUGGUGUGAAAACAGCGUCAUAGGCAGAAGUCGAGCUAUUUUCUGGUGGGAAGGCAAAAGCUUCAAGGAGGCGACCGUACAUGACAUGCUCGCUUGCUUCGAAAACCUCGGGAGGUAGGAUAUCGCGAGCUGUUUGGUCGAGAAGAUUGCCAAUAGCAAUGUCGCCGCUUGUAGCAACGAUAGAAUGCUCUGUUAGACCUGUUGAGUGAACAAGUUGAGUGUGUCCGCCUGAGACAAGUAGGGACAGAAAUGGAAAUUCUGGUCCCUCUUUAGAGAUUACCUCCUCGCCCAUACUCAUUCCCAGAGCCCGAGCCAGUCGCGGCGUCAACGCAUGAGCCUGCAUAUGAUGAACGCCUACCAAGGGGACACCCCAAGCAACAGCCAGUCCUUUUGCCAUAUCCAGGCCGAUUCCUAGAUUCGAGCGCAUCCCAGGCCCACGAGUCACCGACACAAAGUCCGGAACUUGCCUUCUCACCCCACCAGCAUCACAGGAUUUCUGGCUAUCGUCUUCAGCAGCUGGCAGAGUGUCUAUUGCUCGACGCACAAGAGGUGCUAAAGCUUCACUGUGGCCCUUGGCCGCUACAAUUGGGUGUAUACCCUUGAACGCGCGGUUAUCAGAGGAUAUGCGCUCAUCGAAGAGGAGUUCAGUUGAUUCUGGUGUAUGUCGAAGAACGGCAACGCCCGUAUCAUCACAGGAUGUCUCGAUGGCGAGGGUUGUGAGAUAACGAAGCCUUUGAGGCCUGAAGCCAAGGAGAAUGCCCUUGUGACCACAUUGAAGAAGAGAGCGCAUCUGCGCGAGAAUCUGGGGGUUAUUGAAGGGUAAUGAUG